GUCGGCCGUCAUUUAUCAUCUGACAUCUGUUGAUAAUUGUGUGUAUUUCGUUCUUGUCAAACUGUAAGUGCAAAAUACCAUGAAAUUGAGACUAAAAAAUUCGUAUUGGCCAUUGCCAAUGCGUGUGGUGUUUAUCCUGCUGUCGGUUUAAAUCCUGGAGAGUGAGUGUCAGCCCCCGCGUCCCUCUUCGCAUAAACAAAGGCGAUGUCAUUCGUCAAAUCAGGUGAUUUUUUUGCGAGAAAUUUAUGACGAGUACGGAGUGUUUCGUCCCGUAAACAUGUAAAUAGUGUGGUGACUGGAACAAUACCACAAUGGGUGCUAAACCGAGUACAGCGAACGGGGCGCAGAGCCCCCGCACGCGGGCCUUCUCCACGAGCAGCAGUUCGGAGGUGGUGACGGCCCCGGGGUUCCGCUUCAUGAGGUCGUUGGGGAUGGACAUGUCCAGCGACCGGCAGCGGGCCCGCUCCCUGUCCAGCGUCCCCGACUUGCACACUAGUCACGAGACCAUUGCCAUUCCGGCGACGGGGGCCAGCUUCGACGUCUCCACGGGGGCCAGCCCCGAGACCGACAGCAGCUCGGCCGAGGACACGGCGGGGGCCCUGGCUUCCGCCGCCUCCAGCAUCGCCCUGGGGCGCGUCUACGCUGCACAUUCGCUACCCUCGCAUAUUUGGUCGCUGAAUGAGUGCAUCACAAUGGGCCAAAAUAUUUCUUCGCCACAGCCGAAUAUAUCCUCGGUGACAUACAAGGACAAAGGGAUCAAAUGCCCAGUUUGCAGCAAGUUUGUUAUUCCUGAUGACAUUGAAUGUCACCUAGUCAUGUGCCUCACUAAACCACGGCUUUCCUACAACGAAGACAUUUUGACUGACGAUAAAGGAGAGUGUGUGAUAUGCCUAGAAGAAUUAAGCCAAGGAGAUGUAAUAGCUCGUCUUCCUUGCCUCUGUAUAUACCAUAAGAUGUGCAUAGAUCAGUGGUUUGAAGUAAACCGGUCGUGUCCCGAACACCCAGGCGACUAGCAAAAUACCGAAGUCAGCCGGGGUUGUAAAUAUGUAAAUAAAUUGCUGAAGUGAAUUGUGAGGAACAAUCUUAAUUAAUGCAGUAGCUACUACACUAUAGCGGUCUUCAGACGAAGAUGCAACAAUAGUUACCUAUUCUAAUUAGUUAAGUACCACACUUUUAUUACGUUCGGGUCAUUUUUUACGACUUUCUACAUUAGAUCUUGUACCAUGAUCAUGCCAAGGCAUUGGACAAUUAAUAUAGUGUCACAUAUCAGUUCGUUUUUAAUACAAAAGUGUUUUCCGAUUGACGAGACGACUGGCAGCUCGAGAAGCUUUAUUUUCUGGAAAACAUAUUUUUGAUACCUUCAUAUGACGGCUACAAUUUAUCGAAUUUGUUUAGUUGUGUUUGUUCUAAUGCGUUCCGAGUAAUAAAAUAUUCAUAAGCCGAUAAAUACGUCUUGUAGACUUGAUUAAGUCGUUGAGAUUAUGAUAAGUACGUAAGGAAAGCGGCUCUUUAUGUUUUUAACUGCUGAUACACCCAUUUUAAUUAAUCUUCCACAAUGUUGCGUUUAGAAGAAAUAAUGAGAUUGUUACGUUUUGUUUGUUUUAUUGAAAAGUCUGCAAAGACGCUUUGUAUAUAAUGAAAAGUUAAAAAUGUUAAAUGUGCAAAUUUAAUGCGUUCUUUUAAUAAAAAUAAACAAGAGCCUUGGUCAUGUUAGUUCAGUACCAAAACAGACCGGUAGUGAUAUAAACAACCUAUUUUUUAUUCUAGCUAACGUGAAUGUGAAAUCAACCAAAGACUUUUUGUUAAAGUGAUUUAAUAUAAGGUGCUAUAAGUAAGCAAAAUACUAAAUUAUGUUACCUAUAUGAGUAAAUAUGUGGAAUUUAAUGGUCUGGGAUUAAUUUGAAAUUUUAUUUUAAUUGCUCGCUCGAUUAAAAAGUGCCAUAAUUUAAAAACAAAUUUGUGUUUUUUUUAUUUAAUUCCAUUGUGUCCAGACCGAUGAGGAGCAUCUGACGAGUGUGACUGAAUUUGAAUAACGUGGUGAUUUUGUAAUUAUUUUAGUUAUAUUAAUCUUUCAUUUAGGUUAUUGUAAAAAUAAUAAUAAGAUGUAGCCUUGUAGUGAUAAAUAAUAAAUGCCAUUUUCACAAUAAAUCAA